AUGCGCCCGCGUGUUGCAGCUAUUUCGACCGUGACCGAGGUUCUUACUGAAGAUCACCGCGCACUUGAGACAUAUUACAACGAGAUCGUCAACAACCCAGACGACAUCGACCAUCAGACGCGCUACGGCAACCAAUUCACAUGGGAGCUCGCCCGCCAUUCGGUCGCAGAAGAACUACUCAUCUAUCCGGCCAUGGAGAAGUACAUGGGCGAAGAGGGCAAGGCGCAUGCUGAGAAGGACCGUAAACAACAUCACAAGCUCAAAGAGUUGCUGAAGGAGUUCCAAAACAUGAGUGCGACAGACACCGCGUAUGUCCCCCACCUCAAGGAGCUGUGGUCUUUCCUCGGUCAGCAUAUCAAAGAAGAAGAGAAGGACGAUCUACCCGCUCUCGAGCGCGCCUUAAGCUCGAGCGACAACAAGGGCGUUUCUGAGACCUUGGCCAAAAACUUUUCUAGGACCAAAAUGCUUGUUCCCUCGCGUUCACAUCCUUCCGCCGGCGAGAAUCCCUUGUUCGAAGGAGCGAUGGGAUUAUUGUUCGCGCCUAUCGACCACGUCGCCGACAUCUUUCGCAAGUUCCCUGACGGCGUCAUCAGUCCAAACCCCUCGAAGAAGUAG